AUGGAGAUAUUCUUAAGAUUUGUCCCUACAAAUCCGUUAAGAUUAACAGCAUCUAGGAUACUUUUAACGCAUGUAGCUCAUUAUACCCGACUUGCUGAAGUGGGAAAAUUAGAAGCACCGAAGACAUCUGGCAAAUAUGAAACUGGGCAGUUAAUUCUGCACAAAGUAUUUGGAUAUCGAGGCGUUAUUUUAUUUCCAUGGUUAGCAAGAGUGUAUGAUAGAGAUGCUUCUAAUAAAAAGGAAAGCCCGGAAUCCUCUGGAACUGUUGAUUCUUCGAGAGAUACUCUCUCGAACGUUGGCAAGGAAGUUAAGGGCAGAACUCAUACAUUCUAUCAAGUUCUAAUUGAUACCAGAGAUGCGCCUUACAUACGUGCCCAAACUGAAGCAGUAACAUUCCUCGGUAAUCAAGAAUCAAGCCGCAGUUUGUAUGCAAUACCAGGUCUGGACUAUGUGGCUCAUGACGACAUCAUACCCUACACGUCAGUGGAGCGCGUGCCUCUGCAGCAUGAGCUCUUCGAUAAGUUUCUCAUGCACAAUCCUGAUAAAGAUCCGCCAUUUAUAGCCCAAGAAACACUAAGAGCUUGGCAGAAAAAGAACCACCCGUGGUUGGAACUAAGUGACGUGCACCGUGAGACCACCGAGGGCGUGCGCGUCACCGUCAUACCCUUCUAUAUGGGCAGCCGCGAGUCGCAGAACUCGGCUGUUUAUUGGUGGCGGUAUUGUAUCCGGCUGGAGAACCUGGGCCCGCAGGCGGUGCAGCUGCGCGAGCGGCACUGGCGCAUCUUCUCGCUGAGCGGCACGCUGGAGACGGUGCGCGGGCGCGGCGUGGUGGGGCAGGAGCCGCUGCUGGCGCGCCACGCGCCCGCCUUCCAGUACAGCAGCCACGUCAGCCUGCAGGCGCCCAGCGGGCACAUGUGGGGAACAUUCAGAAUGGAGCGUGAAGACGGUUACACGUUCGACUGCCGCAUCCCGCCCUUCUCGCUCGAGAGCAAGCCCGACGAGGGCGCUCCCGUCGCGCCCACCGCCGCCGCG